CUCUGCCGGGCUGCGGUCCCUCACUUCGCCUUCUGCUCCACUCGGCGCGCCAUGUGUCACUCCCGCAGCUCCCUCCCCACCAUGACCGUCGUGCGGGCCCCGACUCCAGUCCCCUCCACCAGCCCGGGACCACGACGGGGCUCCGGUCCCGAAAUCUUUACCUUCGACCCUCUCCCGGAGCCCGCGGUGGCUUCUGCCUCGCGCCCCAGCGCCUUUCGCGGGCACCGCAAGCGCAGCCGCAGAGUCCUCUACCCUCGCGUGGUUCGACGCCAGCUGCCAGUCGAGGACUCGAACCCUGCCAAAAGGCUCCUCUUCCUUCUGCUCACCAUCAUCUUCUGCCAGAUCCUGAUGGCCGAGGAGGGGGUGCCGGCGACUGCGGCACCUGAGGACGCACCUAGCCCCGCGUCCCCCGCGCCCACUCCUGCGCCCCUAGUCUUCGAGCCUCUUAAUCUGACCUCGGAGCCCUCGGACUACCCUCUGGACCUCAGCACUUUUCUUCAGCAACACCCGGCCGCCUUCUAGCCGUGACACGCCUCCUCCUCUUCCCCGCAAAAAAGAAACUGAAAAUCCAGAGAAACACCAGACGUACCUGGUGCGCGAGGGCGUAUCCCAAAGUGGGACUUCCGUGGCAAAUCAAACUCAGAACACUAAAACAGACGUCGGAGGAUGCCCGGGGCGGGAUUUAGGCACUGAUGCGCCUGGGCUAGGCCGGGUGGGAGAGAAGACCGUCGUUAAUUUAUUUCUCAUUACUCCUAAUUAUUAUUUAUAUGUAUUUAUAUAUGUCCUCUAGGUGAUUGAGGGACGUAUGUAAUAUUUAUUUUAACUUAUGCAAGGGUAGAGAUGUGUCCCCCACUGCAAAUAGCUUGGUAUUUCUGGAGCAUUGCGGAAUUGGUAGGAGGCAGGUCGCCUGGGACUGAAGAAGUGGGACUGGAGACCAGGUCGGGGAGGGGCUAGGAAUCUAGGAUGGUGGUGGGUCGUAGGUUUAGGGGGCGACACUCUCCGUCUUCCAAUAUCUCAACUCCGCGGGGCCUACUGUGUGAGGCUCCGGCGGACCGUUGAGGGUAAGGUCCGUGGCCUUCGAUCUCUCUGAAGUUGCCCCCAAGGAGUGACUCCGGGGUCGGAGGUCGGUGGGCUGUUAGGGGGUGGCUGUCGGGGUCGCCCUGUAUGUUCUGUGAACACAAAUAAACUUGUACUGUCAGUAGUCA